UCUCUCUUUCCACAGGCGCUAGCAGCCAAUGCAGGCACAGGGUUUGCAGUGGCCGAGCCACAGGUGGCCAUGUUCUGCGGGAAGCUCAACAUGCAUGUGAACAUUCAGACCGGCCGCUGGGAGCCAGACCCAUCCGGAACCAAGAGCUGCGUAGGAACCAAAGAAGGCGUGCUGCAGUACUGCCAGGAGAUGUAUCCCGAGCUUCAAAUCACAAACGUGGUGGAAGGCAACCAGCCAAUUCGCAUCGAGAACUGGUGCAAGACGGAGAAGAAGGUGUGCAAAGGACACGCCCACAUUGUGGUGCCUUACAAAUGCUUAGUGGGCGAGUUUGUGAGUGACGUGCUUCUGGUUCCAGAGAAGUGCAAGUUCUUCCACAAGGAGCGUAUGGACAUGUGCGUCAGCCAUCAGCAGUGGCACGGAGUGGCCAAGGAGGCCUGCUCCAAAAGCUCCAUGAUGCUGCACAGCUACGGCAUGCUGCUGCCCUGCGGCAUUGACAAGUUCCACGGCACCGAGUAUGUGUGCUGCCCCUCGUCCCGCUCCGGGGAGGCUGCUCCACCUGCCAUGCCCACCGAGGAGGACGAUGAAGAGGAGCAGGUGGAGGAUGAGGAGAUUGACGAGACCGACAUGGAAGAAGACUACGCCGUAGAGGACAGUGAGGCACCGGCUGAGGAGCAGCCCACACAGAAGGAGGAGCCGCUGGACGAAGACGAGGAAGAGGAGGACGAGGAGGAGUAUCACUACGUCUAUGAGGACGAGGAGGCAGACAAGGAGGACGAGUAUGAGAAGAAGGAGAGCCGCAAAAUGCCAGAGAGCCAGGACGAGGACAAGACUCUGCAGGAAGUGAAAGCGGUGUGCACCCUGGAGGCUGAGACCGGCCCCUGCCGAGCCUCCAUGCCCCGCUGGCACUUCGACUUGAGCCAGAGGAAGUGUGUGCGCUUCAUUUACGGGGGCUGUGCCGGCAACCGCAACAAUUUCGACUCAGAGGAGUACUGCAUGGCCGUGUGCAAGCGCCUGAGUAAGUCUCACCAGACCGGGGCUGGUCCGACA